CGCUGCUCCAGUCGCUCGUCACCCUCGAAAUCGACCGGAUUGCCUUUUCCUCGACGACGAGUCUCCGGGUAUAUUCGCAUUAAUUAAUUCGCUUAUCAACAAUAAUGGCGACCAAAUACCAGGUCUGCAUCAUUGGCUCUGGAAACUGGGGCUCAGCCAUAGCGAAAAUCAUCGGUGCAAAUGCCAAAAAUCUGGAGAAUUUCGAGGACCGAGUGACGAUGUAUGUCUACGAGGAGAUGAUAGAAGGGAAAAAACUCACGGAAAUCAUCAACGAGAGCCACGAGAACGUCAAGUAUCUACCAGGGCAUAAAAUUCCGGAGAACGUCGUUGCAGUCCCUGACGUUGUGGAAGCAGCAGCUAAUGCUGAUAUCCUAGUCUUCGUCGUUCCCCAUCAAUUCAUUCGCCGGAUAUGCAGCACAUUGCUGGGAAAAAUAAAACCAACAGCUGUUGGUUUAUCUCUCAUUAAGGGUUUCGAUAAAAAAGAUGGUGGUGGCAUUGAAUUGAUCUCCCACAUAAUAGCUGCGGAGCUCAAUUUACCCAUGGCUGUCCUCAUGGGGGCCAAUUUGGCAUCUGAAGUCGCUGAUGAGAUGUUCUGUGAAACAACAAUAGGCUGCAAGGACAAGGCCGUUGGUACGGUACUGCGAGAUAUGAUUCAGACAUCAUUUUUCCGAGUCGUUGUCGUUGAUGACGUGGAUUCGGUCGAGUGCUGCGGAGCCCUGAAGAAUAUUGUAGCAUGUGGGGCUGGCUUUGUUGAUGGUCUUGAUCUAGGAGACAACACCAAAGCAGCUGUUAUUCGACUUGGGCUUAUGGAGAUGAUUAAAUUCGUCGAUGUGUUCUUCCCUGGGGGAAAGCUGGGUACUUUCUUCGAGAGCUGUGGCGUCGCUGAUUUAAUCACCACGUGCUACGGCGGAAGAAACAGAAAAGUUUCUGAAGCUUUUGUUAGGACGGGAAAGACAAUCGAGGAGCUGGAGAAGGAGAUGCUGAAUGGUCAGAAGCUCCAGGGACCUUUCACAGCGGAGGAAGUCAACUAUAUGCUCAAAAUAAAGAGCAUGGAGGGCAGAUUUCCAUUAUUCACAGCGAUUCACAGAAUCUGCGUUGGAGAACUCAAGCCAAGUGAUCUCAUCGACUGCAUUCGCAGCCAUCCCGAACACAUGUAAGCUCAAUAAAUUGAAAACUGGGGUCGAUCUGGUGGAGGAAGGGGAUUUAUACCCGCAAAAAAAUCUCAAACUGCUACUGGAAAGGAAGGAAUGCUUCUUUUACUUUCUGCUUGCCUCUAAUUCUCGUCGUACUGCAUCAACAAUUUUGUUGUUUUUAAUUUUUUCAACUUAAAUCUAAGUAUUGUUUCUCCACUGGAAGUUGUUACUGUAAAUAUGUACGUAUGGUUGUAGAUUAUGUAUAUUAGCGAGACAAUUCUGGAUGGAAAUUUUUUUUGGUUGAGUUUUGGUGAGUGGACGAGGAAAAAUUGAAGAAAGCUUUCUUUUUAGAAUUGACAGGAAAUAUUUAAUAAUAGUCUAGAUUUUUUCUAGACAGAUUUUUAGUCAACUCAACUCUUUCAGAUACUCAAUUGUGGAAAGCUUUUUUCCCCAGUUGUAGAAAUUUAGAUAAAUUCUACUUCGUUGGGAAUCUAAUCGGUGAGACGAGAGUCAAGAAUUGUUAAUGAUCUGUUAUCGAUUGACGAAUGUAUUGGAGAUAAAUAUACGAGUAUGUUACGAAGAUCCAUCAAUGAAA